AUGUCACCAAUUGCCGCUGGAGAGCCCUCGAGCUUCAACCAAGGGGGAACGGUGGUGCCCAUCUCAGCGGCCGCCCUGGGUAACUUCCCGGUCAACGGGCAAGGUUCUCGCUUUGUGGAGGACCUCGCCGCCGCGAGUCCUGCUGCUGCUGGGGCCGGCAUCACCAUCAUCGAGACUCCCUCUCCAAGGCCAGCAGGACGACAAUCAUCACGAUCACGGCCGCCGAGCCCAUAUAUCCUCCGGCCCCCGACUCCCAUGGGCACGUCUCGGGAGAAGCCCGAUGCCAAGUCGUGGAGGGCGAUGGACAUGGGCCUGCUGGAGGCCUCGCGCGCGUGCCGGGGCUGGCUCCAAGCAUUUGGCAACCUCCGACGGGAGUACGAGUCGGUGUUCGCGGCGCUGUUCGGCGGCAAGCUGCGGGAGCGCCGCCUCUCGCUCUUCAGCUUCAAGUACCGCCGCUUCGUGGGCACGAUCGCCGCCGUCGAGCGCAUCCUCGACAGCCUGGCCUCCCUGCUCCUGGCGGCCGACUACUACGACCACGAGGCGCUCGUGGAGCUCAUCGACGCCUUCGCCGCCUGGAUCGUCGAGGCCGACUCCUGCUUCAACGCCAUGACCCGCGACAACAGCCCCCUCGACCUGGCCGACUCCCAGGAUUGCGCCGGCCGCAAGAUUCUCAUGGUCGGCAUGGCGCCCGAGCUAGCCCGUCUGACCCUGCAGCUGAGCACCCGGGCACAAAAGCCUCUGCGGAGGUUUCGUGCCCUGGUCAAGUCGUAUACCUAG